AUGAUUUAUAGAUACUUAAUUCUUAACUUUUUAUUAAAUAUUCAAAAUAUUAUUACAGAUAAUAAUGGAUUUAUUUGUCCUAAAGAUGGUCGAUGGCCACAUCCAGCUGAUUGUGAAAAAUUUUAUACUUGUAAUUCAGGCGUUGGCGUUGAAGCUUGGUGUGGAAAUGGUAUGACAUAUGACAUUGAUCAUGGAAGAUGUGAUUUAUCAAAAAAUAUUGAUUGUAAAAAUGGUGAAAGACCUAAUUGGAUAUUACCUUCAGAAUGGAAAACAGAACAUGUAACUGAAAAUAUAAUAUUAAAAACUACACCACGUGUAAAUAAUGAUGUAAUUGAAAUUGAAAAUGAGCAAGAAAGAACAACUAUUAUACCAAUGAAAUUAAUAAAUCGUAAAAUGUUAUUACCAACAAAUGAUAUUAUGGAAAAUAAUCCAUGUAAUUUUCAAGGAAAUAUACCUGAUCCGGAUGAAUGCCAAUCUUAUUUUACAUGUAAAGAUGAAAUAACAACACGUUUUCAAUGUCCUGAUAAAUAUUUAUUUGAUGAAGAUCUUUUAUCAUGUAAUGAUUAUCGAAAAGUUUUUUGUGGAAAUCGACCAACAAAUGAACGAGGAAAUGAUCCAUGUUUAGGUAAAUCAAAUGGUUGGUAUGCUGAUUAUGAUCAUCAAUGUCGUCUAUAUUAUUUAUGUACUGAUCAACGUCAAACAAAAACGGGUGAAUGUCCAGUAGGAUCAAAAUGGAAUUUACAUCGACUUCAAUGUGAUGAUCCAAGAUAUAUAGCUGCACCUUGUGGAUAUCGAAGUCAUAAUAAUGCAUCAUUAUUAUUAUUUAACUAUAUUAAUGUCUUUCUUGUUAAUACUAUAAUAUAUUGUUUGUUUUUCUCUUAA